UUGGUUUGGAUGCUGCAUCUGCAUCCAAUAUGUGGCAGUGCAUCGAGUAUCGUCAUGGAGUAUAGAAGUGCCCCCAUUCUGCCUACGUACGCCGAGUCUUGUGUUCAAAGUGACUACCCCAAGAAGGAUUCACUCUGCCAGACGCUUUUCCCAUACAAGACGUUAAGAGAACCCGAUCCCGUUAUCAUCCUCAUAACAUUGGCUGUGGUUAUUGGUUCCUUCUGUCUACUCAGCGGUUUCAUUCUGCUCUGUGUGGUAUCAAAGGCGUGGCAAGACGAAACAUCCGAGGCCAUAUUACUCAUGGGAAUUGGCUUCUUUAUCACAUCGUUGUCCUGUGUGACUUGGAAACUGACGAAUGCCCAACGUCUGGCUCAGCUACAAGAAACAAUUUCCAUUUAACUUUAAUGCUUAUCUGUACAAAAUAUAUAUUUAUUGUAUAUCAACAUUUUAAGAAUUGCAUUACUUGAGUCACUCUGUUUCGCAAAAAUAAAAAGGAAAUACAAUUGCAGAUAAGCAGCUGGGAGAAAACUCUGACGAAUUGUAGUUGCAGCAAGCAAAAGAAAGACGCAACCUACCUCAAUUGUUCUACCCGAGUGCAGCUUGAACUGAAUUUGAGCUAUGUUCCUACCUGGCUCAGCUGUCGUACCUGAGCUCAGUUUGCAUCGAAUCCUCAAAGAGGCCACAACUCUUAGAAAUGCCACUGCUGAGACAAUUCCUGUUGAUUCCCGCGCUGCAAAUGUUGCAGCUGCCACAGCGUUUUCUAGGCAAAAUUUCCGAUUUAUGUCAUACACGAAAUUUCCAACGUUACGUGAGGUUUAUGGAAAAUAAUUUAUGCCCGGUUUAAUCGCAAUUCAAAUACAAUUUGAGCUAAUCGAAUCUAAUUGCAACGUAAUCAGAGCAAAAGACAAGAGAGACAAGAGACGAGAGACAAGAGUCAAGAGACGUGAGUGAGUGACGACAUCCAGAAGCUACUCAGGCGACAACAAUUGUAAUUUUGCGCAGCAAUUUCGAUUCGUCUGCGAUUUUGUGAGUCAACUCACGUAUCUCUCGGAUGCCAAAAAUAAGUGAGACGAAAACAAAUUUGUGCGACUGUCAAGU